AAAAAUUUUCACCUUUUUCAACCUUUUAAAGCAUUACCUUAUAGCGUUAUUACCUUGAUAACAGGAGGAUGUUCAGAUCUGUGUUGAAAAACAUUAGGCCCGCGGUUGCCCCAUCCGCUGGUUUGGCCAGAAGCACACCAAUUAGCUCUUAUCUCCAAUCUAUACGUACCAAUAUUCCAAUAGUUAAUACGAUCUCCCAGCAGCAAAAAAGAUAUGCAACAUUAAAUCAAAUAAGAAAAGGUAAGCAUGACACUCCGGUGAAGGAGUCCAAGUCCAAGUCUCCAGAUUUGGAGGAAAACCCAUUCAAAAAGGGAGUUGUGGUGAGAGUUAUGGUGUUGAAACCAAAGAAACCAAAUUCGGCUCAAAGAAAAUGUUGUCGUGUUAGAUUAACUAACGGUAAAGUUGUUUCAGCAUUAAUUCCAGGUGAAGGUCAUAAUUUGCAAGAACAUAAUAUUGUUAUGAUUAGAGGGGGUAGAGUGCAAGAUUUACCGGGGGUCAAGUAUCGUUGUGUUAGAGGAGUUUACGAUUUAGCCGGGGUUGCUAAUAGAGCUACUUCAAGAUCUAAAUAUGGGGUUAAAAUGCCUAAACAAUAA